AUGGAUUUUUUAGCGAAUCAAUUGGAAUCAAAUUCGUCAAGAAAUACACUCUUAUGUCUUUCUCAAUAUUCAGUUUGUCUCUCAGCUGGCUGCUUAUCGGAACAGAAUAAAUGGCGUGAAAAUCUUCUUAAUUUGUAUGCUCGUAUUAGUUUAUGUCGUACAAUCAAUCGAUCUUUAGACUAUUUUGCUUGUCUUUCAAGAGUUCGUAAAUAUGGUCUCGGAAAAAAUGAUUUAUUAUUAUCUACUUUUCCUCAUCUUUUAACAUUAGCUGGUAAUCUAUGUGAUCUUAUCUACUAUCCUGCUGAGUGUAUAGCAUGGUUAUGUGAAGGAAAUGUAUUUGGAGCAAAUCGAUCAUCGAGAUCAUUUCGACUUGUUUCAUUAGGUUGUUGGCUAUCGAAUAUUAUCAUUUCUAUUAUCAAAAAUUCACUUCAAUUAAUUCAAUAUAAACGAUUACUGAGAGCAAAACGAAAUAAAGAUGGCAAUAGUAAGGAAAUAAGAAGUCCCAUGGUACCUCUAUCCGAGAUGUACAAAUGUAUGUUGACAUUAUUGAAUAACUUUUGUUUUCUUCUCAAUUGUGUUCAUUGGCUUGGAAUACCAGGACUUUUAUGGUCCGGUAAAUUACCCGUGUUUGCCGUUGGGUUGAGUGGAACUAUAGCUACGAUAUGUAAUAUCGUUAAAAUGGCUUUAUAA